AUUACCGUAUUUGAUUUUGUUGGAUAGUUUAAACAAAAACUAAUCAAUCAUGAAAUUCUUUGAUCAACUGAAAAAUUUAUCAUCAUAUAUUACUGAAGAAAUACGGACGCUGGAAAUAGAAUGCCAUGUGCCUCCUGGAACUCGUCCGCAUUUGUAUGUGGCUGCUGAGAAACAGUUACUGGAAGAAGUAGCUGAAAUCAAGAAGCUCUCGUCCAACUUGACAGAGCAGGCACAAAGUUUCAAGAAGUUUGAAGAAUUUCUGCUAGCAACUGAGGAACUGAUGCAGCAGAAAACAGAAGAAAUUAAUAAAUUAGAAACCUACCUGAUGAAGUAUGGUUAUGUUGCUGAGGUGACUGAAGACCCUGCCUCGGCACCACCAACUCCUGAACCAGUUGCUGCUCCUCUGCCAGUGCUAUGUUACGAGUUCCUCUCUCCUGAGCUCAGCACGCCUACCCGCAAUUUACUCGCCAACAAGAACACUGCUGUGAAGUUAUGCCAUUCUCAGAAUAAUGGAAAGAAAGUUGAUCAAGCGCCUAAUGCAUGUCCACCAACUACGUACUCUGGUCCUGCAGUUGCGUCCUUUGAGAUACCAGCUAUAACGACUACGAGACCUUCAACUGACGACGAGCUUGACCAUCCUGAUAGUCACGUCCCCUCUCAGCUGAACCUGAACAAUUCCUGCACUUCCCGCCUCACUUCUCCUCAUAGCCUUAUAAAUUCUCCGUUUUUUAAUGCAUCUCCUACGACACCCUCAUCACCGUCUAGAAACUUGGCUACUAGAGAAGGUAUGGUGAAUGCCGUCAAGCUGAAUGCACCGAUAAACACACCAAAAAGCGAACUUUGCAUGGCGAAGGGCUUGGAGAACUCAAACUCCAGAAAGAAGUUUGUGACGCCUCGAACAAGGAGUAACAUCGAAAAUUGGCUAUCAAAAAUUAAUGAGAACGAUUAUCUUCACAGAAAAGUCAAUAACCCUCUACUGCGAAACUGUGAAAAAACCCCAUCUCCACAUCGCACACCUUUCUUCACUCCAAAGAGACAAAUGGGAGUUUUUACCACUCCGAAAUUCCCCACAUCUUCCUCCUGCCUUCGGAUUAAGCCUGGUAACGAGGGUCUGUCUACGUUGCAGCCUUCUUUUACUGGUCGCUUGGCCAUGAGCGUGGUUGAUCCUGCCAGCAUUAGGCUUCAAGUUCCCUCAAACGAAGAUGCUUCACUAAUCAAAUGCAACGUUUUGGUCCCAGACUUGAAACCUCCUGGAGCUGAGUGUCAGGUCCCUGCAUCCACAUUGGACUUGUCUCUGGAAGAGCCAACUCUUUCUCUUGCUACUGUCAACGCCUUGGCUGAGCUUCGGAAAGCCAACGAGAGAGAAAUUUCUCCCUCGCGUUCCCACGGACGUGAUUCCUCUAAUGUUUCUGACCUUCCAAUUUCUACAUUUGUAUCAGCAUUAAAAGUGUCAGAAGAACCCAUUGAUUAUUCAUGCAAAUCUCAAAGCUCGGCUUUGAGUAAAGUAGUCAGUGAAGGAAAUGUUCAUUGCAAUUUUAGCACAAUGAUGGGACGGGUGGAAACUCCCGAGGAACCUAUUCUGACGACAGCUUUUCCUAAACCCGAAAACAAAAGGCAGAUUGAUACCCCUGAAGAUCCAGAAUUGAUUUUUAAAUAUUCUUCUGAUGUGAACGGUACGGGUCGCCCCAUGAACCAUGUGGAUACGCCUGAAGAACCUGUUCUUAGCAGUGCUAGUGCUCCUGAUAGGACGGUGCAUGGCGAGUCAGAACGUUACGUUGCUGCAGCGCAAAAUAAUAUGAUUUCAAAGACUCAUUCUGAAUUACUCGUUUCAGCCAAUAGUUCAAAUUUUUGGUCGACUUAUAAUUUGCAAAAUGUCAUGAAUGCUGAUAUUGAUCAAUCGCCUGAACUCUCUGAAACAACUCGUCAACUAUUGUUCCGCCGUGGUGAUCCUGGUGCUGUGCAGCCAACCACCGCGAAAGGUAACCUUAAUGACCAAAGUUGGAAUAAAGAAAAUAACUUGGGACCACACACUUUAUCUUCCACAAUGGAAUCAAAAUUCAGGAGACCUGCGUAUCCAACGAGUCGUCCUCUGGAAGUGAAAAAUUGCAUCACUGCUGAUCUCUCGGUCACCACAGAUGAUUUUAGUGACCUUGAUGUCAAUGAUGGGGAUCUCAGUCACCUCUAUCGCUCGCAUUCUCUAGUCGGGAGAUCACGGCCAGCUAUCGACAACAGCUUCAGUCAAGCUAUGCUUCAAUAUAGUCAUGUGCCCGCGUCCCCUAUGCCACCACCCAAUUUCAAAACUCCGUCGAGAUCAUGUCUGCCAAGUGCUAAAUGACCUAAUUACUCACCGCGCUCUAUGUGUAUCAAAACCUUCAUUGUGAAACUUGCACAAAAUAAAAGAACAUUUCGUAUUUUUUAUCCAGUGUUGUCGCGUUGCUAGUUGCUUAGUAUGCCAGGAAUUUGAGUAUCUUUUAGUAUAACCGAGUGCUUAACAUGGGGACUUAAUUAUUAGUUGUUCUUCCCGUGAUUUCAUUGAUUGAUUUGUACCAGCAGCUGCAUUUUAAUUUUCGAAAAUGCGUUAAAAAUGUCUGUUUUUUGUUGGGCAAAGAAGAUUAAAAUGUAACUUAUUUGUCUUCGUUGACCAUUUUGCUUCAAGAUUUCGGACUUAGUGACUUUUUUUUUUUUUAUCAAUGCCGGUUGACGCACACAUUACUAAAUGCGUACUCUCCGGCGCUUAUGGAUAGGAACUUGAGAAAUGAUUCGACGUACAUUGUACUAGGGAGGCAGGGUUAUGUUAUUUAGUAGUUUUAUUUAGAGUUGGAGAAGUAGUGGAUAGUGCAUUGUUAUUAUCGCAUAAUAGUACUUCUAGUAUUAAAUAAAGUAUGGAUGUAUCUUCAUCACGAUACAUUUUAAA